UAUACUGUUUCAACAUAUUUAUGUAAUUUUUACAUUUUUCAGGAUAUGGACACAUAUCGCCACGGACGGACUGGGGUAAAGUGACAACAAUUUUUUACGCUAUUGUGGGUAUUCCUCUAAUGCUGCUGUGCCUUUCUAAUAUCGGCGAUGUGAUGGCCACUUCUUUUAGAUUCAUAUACUGGCGCGUUUGCUGCUAUGUAUGCACGCGCGCUGCGCGGCGCCCACGUCGUCCGCGUCAGCGCUCCAGCCGAGGUCAGCGUUACGCGUCCCGUUCUCAACCGCCGCCAAUACGGCGAUCUAUCCGUCUUACGCACCGCUCGGUAGCCGAUUCCGGUUUCGGUAACUCGGUUGGCCUACCGCACGCCCACUCUGAUCCUGAAUUGCGCAGCGGGCGUCACGACUACGAAGGCGGACGCAGCAGUGGUCGACGCCACCAACACAUCAGCAGUCCACAGCGCAGCCGCCACAUACCGCCUUACCAAUACGAGCAACAGUCCUACGAUGAAGGACCGCGGCAAACACAAACUCUCAACCGCGGCUCAAGAUUCGGGCGCAGCAUGCGUAAUCGCGAAAGCUUACGUGGCCGACACACUGUCGAGCGUGAGCGCUAUGUUGGACACUCCCGACAGCGGCUUGGUUCGUGUGAAGAUCUAGGUGGACCGCCGAUUCCGCCGCCCUCGAAACGUUCGUUCAGCAUGCGAUCGGUGCGCGCGUCUAGCGCUCGUCGGGAUGUUGCUCCUCUGGCGCCUGCAGCACGCGCUGAGGUCCGCGAUGGGCCACGCGAGUCACGAGAAAUGCGUGAAAUCAACCGUAUGAAUCCCCGUUCUUUGCAGCGUGGCCGAUCAAUGCCACAGGCGCCAGCUGCCACACGCGCCAAAUCUGUUGAUCCUCGCCUUCAUUACGAGGACGCCGUCGAUGAGGAAGUUGUGCGCAAGACUCCCAUCAUACCCAACCGGUAUGCGAUUGAUGAACUCGAUCACAGUCAUAACCGCGAGCAACGCGGCAAGCACAUGCCGCGCAGUCAAUCGAUGCCGCGCCCCUCACAAAUCAGAAACAGUUAUCACGGCGAUCCGCGCAGCAAUGGCGAUAGCUCGUACCACUCACAUCACAAUCAACCGCGACAUGCCUCACCACAACCAACAACACAUCGACAGCAAUCAGGAUAUCAUUCACACUUUGGUGAUCGGUUGGAGCUUCCCGACUUCGAACCUCCACACAUGAAUCAUAGAAAGCGUGGAAGGUCCCUAGCGCCGUUGGAUGAUUAUGACGAAGAUUUCGAUGAUUAUUAUCCGGACGAUCGCAACGUUUACGACGAAUACGACAACCGUGAUAUGGCAUAUCAAUCAAAGCACAGAGAUCAGCGGCAUCGGAGAGAGCGGCCAGAACGCCUUCCACCCUCACCGCGCAUAAUGUCACCGAUGGGAUUCCCUGUGAAACGACAGAUACGAAGGCGACUCAGCUUUGAUUACGACGAUGACUCCUACUACGGUGACGACUGGAGCGAUUAUGGCGAUAUGUCCCCCAAAGAUCGUCCAGUGCCUAUUUGGUUAUGCGUGUUUUUGGUAAUAAGUUAUAUUUUGGGCGGCGCAGCACUUUUUGCCUACUGGGAGAAAUGGUCGUUUUUGGAUUCGGCUUACUUUUGUUUCAUAACUUUAACAACAAUCGGCUUCGGCGAUUUUGUGCCUGCAAAAGGUGUGAAGGACGAAUCAGAGCAAUCAAUUGCUUACUGCUCCUUAUACUUGCUAUUCGGUAUUGCGCUACUGGCAAUGAGUUUCAAUCUUGUACAAGAGGAGUUUAUUUCAAAUGUCAAGGAGGUGGCACGUCGGUUAGGCAUUUUAAAGGAUGAAGAAGAGGAUGAUUAAAUGUUUUGUGGAAUGGUUUAUUUUCCAUUCUUUCUUUAUAAAUCAAAUCAAAAUAUUUACACACAAAAAUUAGAUUUAAAGUGUUGUAAUUUAAAAUUGUAUACAUAUAGAAAUAUAAUUAAAAGAAAUUUAAAGUAUCUAAAAUUAUAUAGAAUAGAAUUUUAAAAGAACAUUCAGUGGUGACAUAAACGGAAGUACAAAUCAAAGGUAACAAAGGCAGACUGAACAAAUUCAUUUUCCAAUAACUU